AGGAGGUGAGACAUUGGGAAGGAUCCGGACAGGAGGUGACCGCCCGGUGUUGGAGGGUGAAAGAGUGUGUGUGUGUGUGUGUGAGAGAGAGAGAAAGAGAGAGAGAGAGAGAGAGAGAGAGAGAAAGAGGGAGAGAGAGACUGUGUUGCGCUUGUGGCGGAGAGACCGCAGAGAGAAAUCCACACAACUUCCAGCAUCCUCCCUGCGCCGCCGCGCCGCGCUGCGCCCCGCCGCUGCCUCUGCCGCUACCGCGUCUCUCCCCCCACCCCCCAAGUCUCUUCUACCCGGACCCAGGCGGCUUGGCGCGGUGAGAUGUGAAGAGGCUUGAAGUAUGGCAUGCGAGGAUGCUGUUCGCAAAGAAGAAGGAGAUGGUGACGGCGACGCGACGCGCGUUCAUUCGGACCCUGGUCUACUUGUUCUGUUUGACGACUUGUGCGAAAACAACCUCCGGACAAACCAGGAAGGAUGAGAAGAUUUACCCGGAGAAUUUCACUCGGAUUCUGGACCGACUUCUGGACGGCUACGACAACAGGCUGCGACCCGGAUUCGGAGGUCCUGUGACAGAGGUGAAGACCGACAUUUAUGUGACGAGUUUUGGGCCAGUCUCAGACGUUGAAAUGGAAUACACUAUGGAUGUAUUCUUCCGGCAGACCUGGGUCGAUCGGAGAUUGAUGUACGAGGGUCCAGUGGAGAUACUGAGACUUAACAACCUGAUGGUGACCAAGGUCUGGACACCGGACACUUUCUUCAGGAACGGCAAGCGGUCAGUUGCCCACAACAUGACCGCGCCCAACAAGCUCUUCCGCAUCAUGAAGAACGGCACCAUCCUUUACACCAUGAGGUUGACCAUUAGCGCCGAGUGUCCCAUGAAGCUGGUGGAUUUCCCCAUGGACGGACAUGCCUGCCCCCUCAAGUUUGGAAGCUACGCCUACCCCAAAACGGAGAUGAUCUACACUUGGACCAAAGGGCCCCAGCAUUCGGUGGAGGUCCCUCCCGAGUCCUCCAGCCUCGUCCAGUAUGAUCUCAUCGGCCAGACGGUUUCCAGCGAGACCAUUAAAUCAAUCACAGGUGAAUAUGUGGUGAUGACGGUCUACUUCCACCUGAAGCGGAAGAUGGGCUACUUCAUGAUUCAGACGUACAUCCCCUGCAUAAUGACAGUGAUCCUCUCUCAAGUGUCCUUCUGGAUAAACAAGGAGUCGGUCCCGGCACGUACCGUUUUUGGAAUCACCACCGUCCUGACCAUGACAACACUCAGCAUCAGCGCCCGCCACUCUCUCCCCAAGGUCUCGUACGCAACCGCCAUGGACUGGUUCAUCGCCGUCUGCUUCGCCUUCGUCUUCUCUGCCCUCAUCGAGUUCGCUGCCGUCAACUAUUUCACCAACGCACAGAUUGAGAGGGCCAAGAAGAAGCCGGGCAAGUGUCCCCCCGUGCCCCAAAGCACGCCUGUCAAGGUGAAGGACGCAGAGGAAGUGCAGCAGCAAGUUCCUGACACCAACGGCUCCCUGAGGAAGCGCAUGAAUUAUGUCUCACACCAAGACCCAGCGGGCCAGCCGAGAGCCCAGUCCACCACCAACAUCUCAGGACUGGGAAGAGGAAGGCAGCUGAGAGCGCUGGCUGGCGGCGCCAACGGCAGCUCCUCGACCCUCUCCCGCUCCAGCCCCAAGUCCGAGAGCCUGCUGAGCGUGGCCUCGUCCUCAGCACAGCUGGUGAAGGGCACGCCUCAGCCCGCGGCGUCCACCCCAGACGUGAUGGCGGGGACGCCGGGCCGGUGUCCCGCCGGCCCGGCGUCUCUGCAGCACCUGCUCGGGCCCAAGCUGGAGCGCAUCCAGAUGAUGGGCAACAAGCCGGAGCAGAAGCAGACGCCGUGCUCCCAGCCGACCACCGCCGGCAUGGGCGGAACCAGCAAAAUUGACAAAUACGCCCGGAUCCUGUUCCCGGUGUCCUUUGGGGCGUUCAACAUGGUCUACUGGGUGGUCUACCUGUCGAAAGACACAGUGGUGGCCAAAGGGGGAUAAAUCUCACUCUGGCUGUGAGGUUCAUUGUGAUUUCCUCUAGCGUGGAUACAACAACAACACGCUGCUGGUUCUUACCAGACAGUUCAGUGUGCUCAUCCGUCAACAAGGGAUCCUGGAGAACGCGUUUGCCAGGCAUUUGCUGAAGGACCACAAGCAUGGAAACAAAUCGUUAUAAUUAGGACAAACUGACUCGGCUUAGGAAAGAACAUGCGCACACUGGAUUACUCCACCGUCCUCUUUCUAUUUCACAUUGCCUCGUCCGAUUGUAAAGGUCUCCAACUGCCCGGUGAUCCAUGCGGCCUGGAGGAAGACUGGGGAUUUGUCAUUUUCCUAUUUUUGUACCCUGUACCUUUCGGGAUGCUUGGAUAUGUCAUCAAUCGGAACUGAACCUCGCCCGCAAUGUAAAAUAUAUACAUAUAUAAAUAUUUAUUUAUUAGGCUAAACAGAUUUAUAUUUAAUGUACAAACCUGAUGCACUGUUGUGCCAGUAGAUUUAAGGAUUAAAUCGAUCGGAGAGCACAAAGUGAUCUGCGUUGGUCUUAAAUGCUCCCUGGGAAAACGGGUGUCAAGCUGAAGAGAAGAAAUUUGAUGAGAAAGUCCUCAGAACCGAGGCUUAGAGGAGCGCCGGUCACAAGUGGAUGAGCGGCGAAAGCUUCUUGCGCCCAACCUCCGUGUGGAGUAUCUGCAUUGCACAAGAUGGAUUAAGCAAUACGGAGAGAGAGAAACAAAAAAAAAAAAACAAGAUGAAAUGUGGGGAUAAAUCAGGAAGGAAGCGGAGGAGACGUGCUUACAGUAGGAGGGUUUAAGCUUCUUCACUGUCUGGCCAAGAUUCAUACUUUGAUUACGUAAAAUGUGUUUUUUUUUUUUUUUAAAUUCACAUGACCAAACAAAAACAAAGAGAAUGGAAAGACAUUUACUAGCAGAUCAUAGUGUGAGGGGAAAAGUAAGCUUUGCCGGAAACCAUCUGCUGUGCGACACAGAAAGGUUCUGAGACACAGUAACGGUGUUAGUGAACCCGCUCAAGGGCGUCGUCAACCCAGACACCUGGAUGGGGUUUCAUCCUGUCUCAGGCAGCCAGAUGUUACCUUAUUAUCAGUGCAGCUGUUGGUCACUUAGAUGGCUGCGCUUCAUUUUCCUGCAGCUCGUACAGUUAGGAUAAUUUGGUUUCUUCAAGGUGAGGUUUUGCGUGAAUUGUGUCAGCAGAGAUGGUUCCCUUGCAACUCGCGGUAGAUGUUGCGCUGCUGGAAGAAAUCCUGAGAGGAGCGGAAGGUCAAAUUCCGACUUGGACGUUUGGAAACCGGAGUGAGUUUCAUAUCCAAUGCGGCCGCAGACCACAUAAAGUCGAGUCUGUACGUCUGUAAUCUUUCGCCUAAUCCGGGAUUGAGUCAGCAGGCUAAACAGAUGACUCCAGUGUUUUUGGUCUAGUUUCUAGUGCAGAUAUUGUAGUACUUGAAAUAAGACAAAACUAACUACUGAGGUAUUUGCACUAGAAACUAGACAAAAAUUAAAUAAAUACUUGGUGAGACAUAGGAUAAGCAGGAAUCACAAAAAUGAUCGCAGCGCCUUUAAUUCUCACCAGAUUUCUAUAAACAUGGUUUAAAUUGAAGCUGAGAAAAUUGCUGAUGUUUGUAAGUUUUCUAGCUUGAUAUAAGUCUAUGAACAGUUUAGUUUCUAUCGAGAUGCAAGAGAGGACAAAGCAAAUCCCUCCAUCCCAUUUGAUGAUUAAAUGUUCAAACAAACGAGGAAAUUAGUUCAGUUUUUGUCAUUUAUUAAAGGUUUAGAAAUUACAGCAGCUGCAGGGCGCCACAGCGAUGGGACAGUGAGCUGAUACAAAGUUGUAAAACAUCUUCAAACUAUUUAUAUUAUGUUUCUCCUUGCUUAGUGUCGGCAUGCAAACCCGUUGAUAUGGUCCAGAGCAGAGAGUAACAUACUGACCAGAAUGUCCUGCUCUGUAGUUCACUUCCUGCUUUUGAAACGGUCUCUGGUCAGGCUGCAUCCGUUUUAGAGUCCACUUCAACCGGACCGAGACCGAGGUUUUUAGGCGGAUGCUCCGGAACUCAAGCUUGCAUUCAGACCUCCCCAAAAACUCUGGACUUUCGAGACAAACGGAUCAGAGUCUGAUUCAGGAAUCUAAUCCUGGUUUGGUCUGCAUGCACCCUUGGUGUGUUUUUAUUUUCAGGGCUCUGUUCGCCGCAGACUGCGUCACAACAAGUGAUGACGACUCCAGCGAACCUCUAUCCCUUCACCGUCGCUUGACACGUUUCUUAAACAUCUCCGCGACGAACGAGGCCACGUUUAUUAACUGUUUGACUUCGACUAACACUUGAGCACUCAGUGACCCAGAUUGCCAUGCUCAUUUAAAAUGAGCAAUGCAAAAAUAGAUCCCUCGUUUAGGUGAAAUGGGCAACGCGGCGCUCAGAUGUCGCCUUCACUAAACACGGAAGAAAGUCGAGCAAAUGAUUUCCUCUCAGGUGUGGAAGAGGUUCUGGGCCGGUGUGAGAUUCUCACGCGGUGUGUCAGCUUUCAUCAGAAGCACAAUGCAUGCAAAAACACUUGCGGGAAAUGUUUGGAUGUCUCACUUUUCUGUCUCAACUGGUUCGCGGUCUGCACUGCAAAAACACAACACCUUAAAAAGCAGAUUUUGGUUCCCAGUGCAAACGACUUUACAGAAGGCAAAACGUCUUUACAAGUAACUUUUCAGCAAGAAAUGGGAGUUAGUUUUAACUGAGUAAUUUAUCAAUAUUGAUGAAAACAUAUUGGUUAUAAGUGAAAUAACCUGCCCUGCAGCUUAACGACAUAAAAAGGGUUUUUCCACUGACAGACUAUUUCAAUUAUAAUUAGUACCGUUUCAUCAAUAUUAAGCUCCCACAUGUUGCUGGAAAGUGGCUUGUAAGUUAGUUUGUCUUUUGGGUUUUUGCAGUCUGCCUGCAGCACACGCCUGCAAUGUUGUGGAAAAUCUUCUGCUGUAUUAAAUCGGACCAGCAAAGGAGGUUGCUAUUUCCUCCUUUGCUGAAAUUAUUUCAGCUUUAAAACAGUAGCGUUUUUUUUGUGUUUUUUUUUUUUCAUGUGACCUCCUCUUUUAGUUUCAACACUAUGACUAUGCCAAUGAGAAAAAUUGUAAUCAGUGGACUUCCAACCCUAUGGAGGGUACAGAUGGAAAAUGUGUGUUUUAAAACCUUUGCAUACCCUGGUAGGGAAGUGGAUCUGUGCCACCUGUGGCUAUUAAUAGCUAAAACUCCACUUUUCUCACUUUAUUCAUAAAUCUGCACAUGUGGAAAUAAGAUAGUGAAUGUAAUGUCUUCAUCAAAUGUCCACGCUUUAACCCAGGACUGGACAAUAAGUCAGUAACCAUAAAAAAAUAUUGCAACAGACACAUGAUCAACAUCAAUACUGCGUGUUUCAGUAAACACAUUAAACCCUGAUCAUAGGCGGCGCAAGACAGGAGAGGGAAUGGAGAAGAAGAAGAAAAAGACCUUGAGGAAGACGCUGUUUGUGGACUGUACAACUAUUGCUCUGGUUAAAUAAAGACCGUUCAACAGUUAUUCCCUUUUUCCUUUGACUGUACCAUAGAGUACUCAGAAAUUUCACUGGACUUCUAUCCAGAACCGCACAGCAUUCUGGGGGAUGUUGGCAAAAGGAGGAAAGUCUUAGGGCUAGCUCAGCGCUGUUGGUGGCGUCAACUCACUCACUCGCUCUUUAGUUACCUAGAAACAACUUGUUGAGUAACUUGCAGCAGCAGUUUCAUUUUUCGUCACUGUGCCUCAUAGCUGCUUAAAAAUCAACGCGUUGUGAAAACUGGAUGAAACAGUUAAGACCACAGCAUCAGUUUGGCAGUAUUUCAGAUAUUUAACUAAAUAAAAGAAAAAUCAACAAUUAUUGAUAUUCACUGAUAUGAAACGCUUGUUUCGUGACACGUUUUUCGACCAUAACAUCCAGCCAUACUGUAAACCCAACACCAGGGAAAUAGAUCUACCUCAGUGUUCACAUUCAUGUCCGAGUCAGACAGGAAACUGAAGUAUGUUAUUAAAUCCAGUGGCUCUUCAAGGAAACCUGAUAGAAUCUCAAAAGCUCGAGUCCGUUGGCAGUAAUUUGAUUCUUGUGUGGCCAAAGGACACACACCAUUAUCCUGAUAGCAGUAGGCAACAUGACGAUGGUAAAUUGUCCUCCCUGGUCUUCUAUUGCUGCAAUAGGCUGGUGGAGGUGAAGUAGAGAAGUCAUUGAGCAGCCUAUAAAAAUGGACUGUAGUGUGUUGCUGUAAGUGCUCAAGAAAACAUAGUUGAGAAACCACAACAAGAGAAAAUGAUGGGAGUUGGCAGUUAUCUCUGCUUAUGGCCAUGUAUGGCAUAAAACCUUCCAUUUUGGGCCAGUGACUAACCAAAAUGAGGUGGUACCAGUUGUUUCACUGAACAGUUGGCAGAUGAACACGUCUGCUGACGGACAUGUCACAUGGACGGGGACUCAUGGUACAAUUUGUACCUCGUUCCUGCCUCUGAUAAUCGUCCAUGUGUGGUCGUUGCUCCUCAUCGAUUGGUUGCUCCAACAGGAGGUUGAUGAGAAGUACAGAUCAAGAACCUCCACACACUACUCCACUCUCUGCAGUUGACCAUGUGUGAAAUUGAUUUUGGCAUCAUUAGCUCUCCAUUGAUCUCUGGGUUUUUUUUCUGUAUUUGUCUCUGAUAGGGUAAAAAAAAAAGCGUAUCCCAUUCAGAAAACACAAGACAUCCAGGGGACGAAUGAGGACCGUGUCAGCAAGAGAUUGAUAUUUGCUGCCCCAACCAUAACCCUGUAUUCCCUGAUUUCACUGAGCAUGAGCCUGAUUGAUUGGAGCUGCCAACAUAAGGUUGUGGGGUUUUUUUUGUUUUCUUUCUCUUUCUAUAUAAACAGAUUAAAGAUGCUCACUUUGACAUUUUGAUCGGAGGAUCGGCAUACAACGUCGCUACAAGAAUAACUUUUUAUUUAUUUCAAAGAAAAUUUGAUGCGCCGACUGUCAAACAGUUUGCCUUUGAGUGGGUCCCUGAUGGAAGUUGUACACGGCACUCAGGAGGCAAAACAUGGCUUCACACGCCCUCUAGUGGUUCAGUUCACCACUAGAUUUGCUUGGCAUUUACCCAUGCAAGGCAAAUAAGGAAUUUCAUUUACUUUUACGUUUGGUUCUAGUGACAUACAGUGUUGUGAAAAAAUAUUUGCACCCUUCCAAAUGUCUAUUUUUUUAAAAGGUAAUUUUAUUGUUUGCUUUUAUGGCACAUGUAAAUGUUUCACAUCAUUAAUCAAAUGCCAUCAUUGGAGAAAAGAUAACCUCAGUGAGUACAAAAUUUAUUUUUUUAAUGACAACUGCAUUCAAAUGAGGGAGUUAUCCAAAUCAACCUGACAUCAUGUGGAAAAACAAUUCCUCUCAUCCUACCUCGUCAUGGUAGUUUGGCUCAACCAUGUCUUUUGAAUAAUUGGGUUUAAUGUCGAUCUGUAUCCAGGCCUGAUUACGCGAGAAGUCUGACAGAACUUGACUGGCAACAUGAGAUAGGCUGUAAGAUCUCAAAAAGCAACACCCACCUUGCUCUACUAAAAACAUGAAAUACCAAAUAGAUUAAGCACAGAGUCACUUAUAUUCACCACUUGAUAUAUUCACAAGGUCAUUUGGUCAGUGUUCAUGAUUCAGCAUUAAAAGAGAGGCAACCUACCAUAAGGGAGUUUCAAGGUCAAAACCACUGAUGACCAAGAAGUCAAAGGGUGUGGGGAACCAGGUCCUUUUCUCUGUACUUUUAACAAAUCCACUUGGAGCACGUUCAUAUUUUUGAAGGCCUGUGCCUCGCCCCUCCUUCGGUAUCACAAGGGAUGAACUUCGGCCCCCCCGGUGACCAUUUACAGGAUGAAAUGGACUUUGCCUUUGGACGAAUUGAAGGCCGGGAUGCAAUUUGUGAGGUCAUGUUUUCGCAUUGUGGGAAUUAAACGUCAAUGAAACUGCUGUUGUUGGCCGUUUUCGUCUAAAUCAAGCUUUGAACCUUAAAAGGUGUGGAGCAUUGCCUGUAAUCCAAAGAGCAGGAGUCUCACCCAAUUUAUUUUCAUUUCGUUUAGAGAUGAGCAGCGUUAUUUUUCUUUCUCUUUUUUUUUUAAAGUAGUUCCUGACUGUGGAGACGUGAAGCGGAGUGCAGUGUCUGAAAUGAGCCACUAGAGGGUGCUGCAGCUGUCUUUUUCAGACUUCAGGCGUUCGGAUUGUUUCGCUUUAAAGGGUUCAGAUUUUUCUACACUACACCUAAACAAAUUAGUUUUUCUGUCUUCAUAGAAAGUCAUUCUGAAAUAUUUUGCUUAUUUUAUUUCUCUUUCAAAUCCAGUCAUAAUUGUACCUGCAUUCUGCCUGCUGAAUGGAAUAUCCAGCUCGUUGUGUUGGUUUACUUUUCACCCUUAUCAUUUAAGAUUUAACAAAAUGAAAUACAACAAGGAUCUUGCAAUAUUUAAGAUGCUAACUGGUGAACCUUGUGCUCACAUUAUAAUGUUACUCAUAGAUUUGGGAGAGAUAAAAAACAACAACUGUCCAAUCAUUGAUUAGAUUGAACAGAUUGAGGCAAAUAACAAAGUUCUUGGUUGCUUUAAUCAAAAUCUUGUGUUUCUUAAAAUGUUUUUGGUUCUCCGUUUAGAAGUUUCAAUUUGUAGUAAAAAUCCUUUUUUGCUGGACCAUCUCAUCCUUUUGGUUUCAUCUGUGCGUUUAGUUUUUGUUGGUUUCCAGGCCUUUUCCCGUUUGCUUUGUAGAUCCUUUGACUCAGCUCCCUCUGCGGUAAUUAGUCUCCCUCCCUCAGUUUCCCAGCUUUCACCCUGCCGCAGCUGUUCCAAAUCUCCUUUGAUUAGUACAUCUGAUUGUCGUUUUCCAAGCCUGUCUCAGUACUCAAGCUCCUGGUGUUUCAUUGUUAUUUGCUUGAUUCUUGAUUCUGGAAAGCUUGUAGCUGGAAAAAUAAACAGAAACACAACUUAAGAGAAAAUCAGCAGGUUUCUCACUGACCCAGAAUCCAAUAUGGCUGUGAAUCCUCGUUUAGUUACCGUGUUGAUGUUUUGUGCAAAUUGGAGAGAAAUAAAUGAUUAGCUCAUGUUGCUAACAGCGUUUAGCUUAGUCAGUGAGUGCAUCAGUAAGAAAAUCCAAAUCAUUUAUUUUUGUUUUUCAAACUUGGUUCUGUAACACGCUGAAGUUUGGUUUUGAAGUCAUCCCCGAUCCAAGUUUUGACAUAAGGCAUCAAUAGCUGCGCUUCCGUUACAAAUUUACCUAAAAACAUUGUUUAUUUUCUGUUGAUGUUGGAGAAACACAAUCUGGUAAUUGCAGUGCUUCCAUUGAAGGAGAAACGCCGGCGUCCUCUCACCACUUCCUGUCGUCUUCUUCAUCGUUUCCAGCAGUAGUAACAUUUUUUGCUCACGUGACUCGUGUGAUGUGAAAAAAAGUGUCGCCAUCGCACUUUUAUGGAACGCACUCAUGAAAAACCACCUCGUCAUAGCACAAAAACGUAAAAAGAAAUAAAUAAAUUAAAAAAUUAGGGCGUUUCCUUUACGCAAAUUUAUUUUCAUAAUUCCAAUAAGUGCUGUUAUAUAGUACGGAAUAGUAUGGAAACGUAGCUAGUGAAACGCCUGGAAAGUGUUUUUACUUACCAAACAAUUUAGAUAUCACCAGUGACGAUUGCUUAUAAGACAUAAAUUUCAUACACUUUUUAUUUAUUUAUGUUUUUUUACAUGAACACCUAUCUGUGGUCAUGUGUCACAAAUAGGAAUCAUCUUCUCCCCCAAGAGAAGAUGAUUCCUGCUGAAAUUCUCUUCUUUCCCACUGGUAAAUGUUUGCGCUGACGCAUGAUUUCUAAAGGUUUCUGGGGGUCACGACGAAACCUCUCGCUUCUAACAACAAUGACUGUAGGAGCACCCAGCAGUUUUUAUCUUCACUGCAUCAGACGAAACCAAAAAUACAGAGCAAUAAGGAGAAGAAAAAAAAGAAGCAUCAACACGUUAAAUUCAGAUCUCAGCUGAAUUUUGUAAUAAAAACCAGUGCAGCACCAAAGGACUCAUCUCCCCAAGACUCAUUUAUUAAAGCGCCGUUUAACAUCUCCUGCACUCAUCUUUAGAAACUGAGACCCCAGAGAUGCACAUGUGAUUUUAAAAUUGUAUGUAAAAUGUUGCUUUGCUUUUUGUUGUUUUUCAGCAAAGUGAAAUGGAUUUGUAUAUUGUGUGAUUAGUCUUGAUAUUAUGCGACAACACUCUGCAGCACUGUACAGAAGUGAUUUCCGACAGGCACAACGAGGGACAAAGUAUUUUUUUGAACUGUCUUAUUUAUUAGUCCCAAUCUCUAGUUUGGAGGAAACGUCAUUAAACAUGUUUGAUGAACGCAA